AUGGCAUCUCGUUCCACUUCGCGUGUUACCGUGCUACGCUUCCAGGGGUGCGCACACUUUCGUCAGCGAUUAAUUUGUGCUAUUCUCAGCGGUCGUCCGUUAAUAAUUGAAAAUAUUCGCUCAGAGGACGAAAACCCAGGGCUUGCGGCUUUUGAAGCAAAUCUAUUGCGGCUGUUAGACCGCAUAACGAGUGGCAGCCGUCUAGAAAUCAACGAAACAGGCACAAAACUCAAGCUCCAACCAGGACUCGUGCUAGGUGGACAAAUUACUCAUGAUUGUGGCACUGGACGCGCCAUUGGUUGGUUUCUGGAGGUUUUGGCGGUCCUUGCGCCAUUUGCCAAGCAGCCGCUGCACGCAACACUGGACGGCGUGACCAACGACCAUAUAGACAACUCAGUGGAUAAUUUCAAGGCCACAACAUUGCCACUUUUGCGACAUUUUGGUCUGGAUGAUGGACUAGAUUUCGUGGUGAAAAAGCGUGGCGCACAACCCCUCGGAGGUGGACAGGUAAUAUUCCGGUGUCCGCUCAUACGCCAGCUCAAGGCUAUCUCCCUGACAGAGGAAGGCUUUAUCAAACGCAUUCGUGGUGUCGCGUACAGUACGCGAGUGUCCCCGCAAACGUCCAAUCGCAUUGUUGAAAGCAGUCGUGGUCUAUUCAAUAAGUUGCUCCCCGACGUAUACAUUUACUCAGACCACUUUAAAGGCGUGGAAUCAGGACACUCUCCGGGUUUCGCAUUGAGUUUAGUUGCUGAAACGACCACUGGUGUCUUCUUAGGGUCCGAAGCGGCAGCUGAGCCGGGAGAUUUGCCUGAAGAUGUGGCUACACGAGCUUCACACGCGCUAUGUGAAGAGAUACAAAGAGGGGGGUGCGUUGACUCAACAAAUCAAACGAUUGUGCUGCUGCUUAUGGCGCUCGGACCGGAAGAUGUUGCCAAGGUGCGCAUAGGCAAGCUUACACCCCACAGUAUUUCGUGUUUACGCCUCUUGCGCGAAUUUUUUGGCGUCACCUUCAAGAUUAAACCUGACCCUGAGACCAAGACAGUGCUGCUCUCCUGCCUAGGUGUUGGCUUCAAGAACUUGGCCAAGAAGGUCACGUAA